UUCGCAGGACCAGAUCCGACCAAGGAGGCAGUGCAACUGCAUGAGGCAUCCAUUGUCAAUGAUUCACGUCAGAUCGUGUUGGGUGAGACCUCGUCUAGGCAGGUUUGCCAGCACGAUAAUCGUCAGGCCUUCACUUCUAAUCAACUCACUCAACUGUUAGCAUUCGCUUCUGUUGCUUCUAUUGUUGCUCCUCACACUCGCUUGCAUUGCGCUAGGCUUUCUGCUCAUCAAGACGAGAUUAGUUGUUCGAACACAGGAGCUUGUAAACGCCAGAAAGUCUCCAUUUGGGAACGGGUAGGCACGGGUUUAUCGAGAAUUCGUCACUCUGCACCAAACGAUCUCUUCUUGAACUCUAGCAGCAUAGUCUCGCCACCACCACAACAUCUAUGUCGUCGUGUUGUCGGACGUGCGUUCAUCGAAAUGACGCUGUAACCUCUUCUUCAACGACGCAAAGUCAACUCGACGUAUGCCUCAUAACACUCACGUUCAAGAGACGAAUUCAACCCGGCUCGGAGCCAUACAUAGCUCUCAACACCGUGUUGAACAACAUAAUCGACGAUGCGGAAUCAACAUUACGUCCCACAACUUUUACCUCCUGGUCACCCUGUCUCUCGCAUCCUGCGACUAUCGUCGUUGUCACAACAGCAAGUAAAACAUGCUCCGAUCCCGAAUCAUCAAUCUUCCAAAAUAUCCGAGACUACUUAGCCAUUCCACCUAAGACUCGGAAUAUCUACCUCCCCUGCUCCAUUCUCUCCCUCUCCGCCUCAUCCCCAGAAACUCGCAUACCAUGCGACAUCAUCGCCCUGCAAGCGCCCACCCCUGCCGUCGCUGUCACAAUCGGUAAACACUUCGGCUGGGAUCCCCAGCGCUCUUCCCUAUCAGCACAGAUGCAGAGCUGCGCAUCCGCCGCCUUCAGCACGCCUGGCGAUUUGAUCCGAGAUUUCUGGGUAUGGGCGGAGCUACGCAGUGAGGAACCCAUGUCACCAUCUACUUCCACUAGCUAUUCCAUAGCCACUGGAAGCUCUGAGAGUCUGGGCAAACAACUUCAGAGCACAAACUCUGACGAGAAAAACAUGUCGUUACGCUUCUCUGAAGACGAGGACGAGUUGCCUGAGGUGGAAGACGAGACGCUUGUCAUGGUCUUCCAAUGGAAUACUCACGCCGAUGGGGAUAGGUUCAAGCACCCUUUGCAGAAGAGCUUGGGGCCUAAUGGCGUGCAGGUUAGCAGUGAUCUGUGGGAUCGGAGUGUGGCGCAUCCUGUGAGGCAGCUGCGGAAUCUAGGCGUGAGGAAUGAGAUGUACAGGUUGGAGUUUCGGGCUGUGGAGCCUAGGAUUGACUGCAAAAGGGAUGGUAAGAAGGCGGUGGCGGUGAGGGAGAGGAGCGGUAGCCGAAGAUUGAGUGUUAUUGCUAGUGAAUUAGGGGAAAGGGUCAGUGGGCUGUGGCGAUAGGGAUGCUGAGGCGUUGAGUUUGUCGUACAAGCGGCGUAACGGGUGACGACCACGUUAACGUAGUCUGACACUGUAUGCACAUGCCAUAACAUGUAGUCUCGUGUUCGUAAAGUUUAGAGGUACAACCAAUUCCGAAGUCACAUUCACUGUAUGCCCUGUAUAGGGAGGCCAAAAAGAUGCAGGAGUUUGUCGGGCUUCCCAUUGUGCAUGGAUAGUGACAUGCAAAACCUCG